AGUGCCACUUUUGGUGCCUGGGAACGAGGUUGAAUUAGCGCAGGCUCGUGUUGUUUUUGGAACAACAUGGCGGAGAGAGCGGAAACACUGGAAACAUGUAGCGAUCUUUUGAAGGUUUGUAAUUUCUUACAAACGCGAGGAGUGACACAGGACAUUAUUGAAAGUUUUAAAUAUGAAAAGAUGCAUGUGGAAGCCAUAACGCAAGCAAAGGACAAUGAGUUGUUGCUUCUUGGACUUGACAAGAAAGGAGACAUUCUGAGCUUGAGAAAUUUUGUACAAAAAUUGUCCAAAGAGUCCUCAAAUGACGAGAAAAGAUCUAAAAAAAUGUCACUGUUACACAAAGUUCUGGAAAAUGGUAAACAGAAAAAAAGCCUUAGACAGCAAAAAGAUGGGAAAGUGCUACCUAAGAUGCAAAAGGUGCAACUAGUAUGGGUGCAUUUAGAUGCCGAGAAGCAGAGUUUUGUUUCUGUGAGAAUGGACAAGGGAGGUGGUACACGAGAGGUUGAAAUUGAGCUAAAUGCAGACAAAGAUGACAUCAUUGGCAUUGCCAAAUCCAUAUUUUUCACCGAUGGUAACAGUAACUUUGGGCCUGAACAGCUGAUGACAUUUGGACUGGCCAAUUUCCAGCACAAAGACAUUUCAACAAUAAAACUUUCUGGUGUUCAUUUGGCAUUUACACUGCAGCGCUAUGUAGAGAAAUGCAAGAUGUGUAGAGUCAGGCUGUACUUGACUUCAAAGAUCAACACUUUAGAUGAUGUGUCCCUUCUAAAACCAGCAGAUCACUUAAAACCAGCAUCUACCAGUAAACUAGAGAGAAAGGAAUCUGGCUUGAAUGAUGACGAGACCAAGUCACGGACACUGACAAAAUUAGAGGAACGGCGGAAAAUCAUUUCUGAGCAAGAUGCUGACUAUGAAGAGUCAUUGGCUACUGACAAGGCUAAAAGGGAAAAGUUGAUGAAAGAGCCAGUAAAGCAAGCAAAAAACACUACACUGUACGUGAGUGAGGCUAUUUCAACACCACAUCUUGAAGAUGAAGAAGUAACCUUCUUUGGGUUUGGAAUCAAUGAAUGGGAGCCUCUUGAUGAAUCUAAUUUCUUUUUGGAUCCCAUAAGUGAAACUGUCCCUGAACAACUUCUGGAUGGCGAUGAGAGGUAAUAUGUUAUGUCAUUUUCAGUGUCUUAUGUUGUGAACUUAACUGACAAGAAAUUUGACAAUCUUAUGUUUGCCUCACUGAGGAAAGGUUUGAGGCAUAACAUUAUUUGUUAUUUUCUAUGUUAACUUGUUACUCUCUACUUAUUGCUGGACUUCCAGAGAUCCACCCAUUUUAAUAUUAUUGAUGUCUGGUUUUCUUGGGAUUGCAGUUGGUAAUAAGCAUUUGUGACCAGGGUGAAGGGUUGUUUACACU